AUGGCGACUCCCAAGAGUGCAUAUUCUCUGUCCUCCAGGAUCAAGGUCAAGCCUCCUGCCUACGUCUUUGCCACGUGCAUAAUCGACAGCGCUCAAAUGUACCACAAUGAGAGAGAAGUUGGCCGCGCCAUCCUCCGUUUCCUCGAAGCCGAGAAGAACAAGCCCAACGGCGUCAAGCGGGAGGACAUCUUCUUUACUUCAAAGCUGGCCUCGAACAUCAGUUACGACGCUACACGGCGGUCCAUCAAGGAGUCGAUUCGUGCCUCGGGGCUAGGCUACAUCGAUCUGUUCCUCAUUCAUGCGCCGUACGGCGGCAAGGCCAAACGGCUAGAAUGCUGGCGUGCGAUUGAGGAUGCGAUCGCGGACAACGAGAUCCGCACGGGCGGGGUGAGCAACUACGGGGUCAAACACCUGAAGGAGUUGCUCGCGUCGAACCCGCGCAUUCGCCCAGCCGUCAACCAGAUCGAGGUGCACCCAUUCAACACUCGCUCCGAGAUCACGUCGUUCUGUCAAGAGAAUGGGAUCGUGGUCCAGGCCUACGCUCCGCUGGCGCGUGCCUAUCGCAUGCGCCAUCCGACCAUCGUCUCGCUGUCGCAGAAGUAUGGGUGCACGCCGGCGCAACUCAUGGUGCGAUGGAGCCUGCAGCACGGUUACGUGCCGCUGCCGAAGAGCGUCUCGAAGGAGCGGAUCAUCUCGAACGGGCAGAUCGAGGGGUUCGAGAUUAGCGCGGAGGACAUGAAGACGAUGGACGGGUUGGACGAAUAUUUGGUUACUGACUGGGAUCCUGUAGAUGCCCCUUGA